AAUGCACAAAUAUUUGUCACUUACAGGAAGACACAUAGCAUGAAAAUAAUUUUUAAAACCAUUUUUAAAAGCAAAGGUUGCUAUCAGCAAAAUGUAGUUAACAAUAUGAUGAUCUUUCAACAAUUACUCCCAAAAAGCCACCAACUUCUAAUUAUUCUCUCUUUAUUCUCUCCCAGUGGGAAGCCCUGAAGAACAUUCAGCUGUUUGAUGGGGAUGGCAUUUCAGAAGCACUCUGUCAGCCUGGGGCAGCUUCAGGGCUGGGAAUGUGUCGCUCUCUUGAGGCAUUGCUCAGUUUCUAUCUGCUGUAAGGCUCUGUAUGUAGCUGCUCCUUCUGGAGAGAGCAGUGCCACAGCACCGAGGGCUUUGGCACCUUCACUGCACAACAGACGAGAACAUCAUCGAUCUCUCCCUGAGAAAAGCUCACUGCCUGUUUCUGGAGCUCUGCAGGUCCUGUUGGUGACUGCACCCAUAAGCAGAACCCAGUCUCUGUUGUGGUCUCAGCACCUAAAUGGAAUGGACACCCUGACUGUGAAGUGUCGCUGCAGCAAGGCAACUCUGCAGGAAUUACUGGAGACUAACAGGAUCACACUCAGCACCUGUUACAGAAAACUCCUGCCUGAUGUGAACACAAAUGUGUUUCUCUACUGCAUGAGUUCCACCUUAGUCCCGCUCUUCCCCAUGGAUUGUCUCCCACCUGGAGCUUUUCAGAGGAACGAGGGACAUCUAGUGGCUCCACAGAAAAUAGCAAAGGAAGAUGUUCUGCCCCAAAAGAUUGAAUCCAGUCAGAGCUCCAAAAAGGCCAGGCCUUUACCUUCAACACCUAUGACCAUCUCUGCUCUCCCAUGGUGACAAAGGGAAGCUUUGAGAGAUGUCUGUAACUUCAAGAUUUCUGAACGGAAAGAUCUUCCUUGGAAACUACUUUGAAAAGAGCUGGCAAAGUUCCUGGUUUUCUACCAGAUGCUGUAUGUUAACGUAAGGAAACCUCCCAUCCUCAUAUAUGUACAGAGGAACAUGAGUUACACUUCAUGCGGACUUCAAACCCUUGAACAGGAUGCCCAGGGAGACUGGAAUGUCCACCCUUGGAGAUAUUCACAACUAUAAACAAGUCAGGAUACUGCCAAGGAAUGGAUACACGUGGGUCCCUGUUGCUCACACAGACCCAGCUGUGGCUGCAGACCCAGCUGUGCUGGCGCUGGGUACAUUUGCCUCGACAGAGCUCUGACACAGGCAGCAGCAAGCAUUGCUCUGAGGUGGCUCGGUUGUAGCAGGUCUCUUAGGCUA